AUGAAGCUGACAGUCUCCACAUACAUGAAACUCAUUGUCCCCACCUACAUGAAGAUCACAGUCCCAAAUUACAUGAAGCUCACAGUCCACAUCUACAUGAAUCACACAGUCUCCAUCUACAUGAAGCUCUCAGUGUCCUCCUACAUGAAUCACACAGUCUCCAUCUACAUGAAGCUCACAGUCCCCACCUACAUGAAUCACACAGCCUCCAUCAACAUGAAGUUCACAGUCCCCACCUACAUGAAGCUCAGUGUACCCACCUACAUGAAUCACACAGUCUCCAUCUACAUGAAGCUCACAGUCCCCACCGACAUGAAGUUCACAGUCCACACGUACAUGAAUUUCAUAGUCCAUACCUGCAUGAAGCUCACAGUCUCCACCUACAUUAAGCUCACAGUCUCCUCCUACAUGAAGUUCACAGUCCCCACCUGCAUGAAUAUCACAGUUUCCAUCUACAUGAAGCUCAAUGUCCCCACCUACAUGAAGGUCAUAGUCUCCACCUCACUGGCCCCAUACCUACAUCAAGCUCACAGUCCCCACCUACAUGAAGCUCACAGUGUCAACCUACUUGAAGUUCACAGUCCCCACCUACAUUAA